CAAUAUAUCAAAAGAGACCUCUAGUCUAUCUCCGAGAUAUAGCAGACAAAUAAAAGAAAUGAACAAUCUCUUGAUAAUUUCGAUUCUUUUAGGUCUAUGCACCGGCUUAAGCAAUGGUUUUCACACGAUAGGAGAAAGCAGAGUAACGUUCAGCAACCAGUUGGAACACAACAAACUCCUCAAGGUUCUGUGUGACAACGACGAGGGAGAGCAGCUUGUGAAAAUCGGCAAAGAAUACGAGUUUUCUUUUAGUGAUAACUUGUUCAUGACAACUCGUUACAAGUGUAAAGUGGAUCAAGGCCCUAAUUUUAAACAUCACCAAGAGUUUUUGGCGUAUGACGCUUCGUGGAGCACAAUUCUUGAGCCCAGGUGUAGGUGGAUUGCUAGAGAAGAUGGAAUCUAUUUCUCUCAAGAUGGAAACCCUCCCACGAGAAAAUAUGUGUGGGAUGGUCCUCACAUUCUUGAAAACUAGGGUUUUAUGUAUUUCUUGUUUGAAAUCUCUGCUGUAUCGUUUGUAUGAUGAAUAAUCUAUAUAUCUAAUUAAUAUCUUA